AAAAGCGCGGGUCUGUUUCUGAGCUUUAACGGUUACUUCUGGUCAAAUUAGGCAAAAUCAUUCAAUUCCUCAAAAUCAUUCAAUUCCUCAGUGUGCCGGUUUCAACUACCAAAAUUAAUGACUCCUUCUCUACCUUCGUCUGCGCAUUAAAUGGAAUCCGUGGAAAUGCUGAUGGUAUUUGCCUAUAAAUCCCCCUUCUUCAUGGGGUUCUUCUCAUCUAAGCUCAAACUUUGGAUUUUGGAUUGUUUCACGGUAUUCUUUCUUCAGGUCUUUUCACUUUCUGGAGGGCUUGGGGUCGGUGGUUUUCAUGGGUUUCUGUUUUCUGUAGCCUAUGGUUUUUGUGGGAUCUUUAUAGGGUUUGAAGAGGGAGAUAAUGAAGGAAUUUGCUGUUAUUGUGGAGGAUGGGAAGGAGGGGAAGGAUGGGAAGCCGGCUGUUGGUCCAGUUUACCGAAAUGUAUUAUCAAAGGAUGGGUUUCCACCACCUAUUCCUGAUAUGAACACCUCUUGGGAUGUUUUCAGGGCCUCAAUUGAGAAGUAUCCUUCAAAUAAGAUGCUUGGAUGGCGUGAAUUUCAUGGUGGAAAGGCAGGGAAAUAUAUUUGGAAAACCUACAAAGAAAUCUAUGACGACGUUUUGCUUGUUGGUGCUGCCUUGAGGGCAAGUGGUGCCAGACCGGGUUCAUGUGUUGGAAUAUAUGGAGUGAACUGCCCACAGUGGAUAUUAGCCUUGGAGGCUUGCAAUGGCCACAGUUUCAUUUGUGUCCCACUUUAUGAUACACUUGGACCAGAUGCUGUGGAUUUCAUCGUUGAACAUGCGGAGAUUGAUUAUGUUUUUAUUCAGGAUAAGAAAUUAACGGAAAUAUUAAAACAUGACAAAAAGUAUUCUAGAAGGCUAAAGUUGCUGGUUUGCUUCACAACCCUGACAAAGCAGCAAAGACAAAAUGCGGCCGGCUAUGAAAUUGCAGCAUAUUCCUGGGAUGAGUUUCUUCAAAUGGGUAAAGAAUAUCCAACUGAACUUUCACCUCCGAGGCCUCUUGAUGUAUGCACUAUAAUGUACACAAGCGGAACAAGUGGAGAACCAAAAGGUGUUAUUUUGACACAUGAGAGUCUUGUGAUGUAUAUAGCUGGACUUGACAUUUUCAUGGAGCAGUUUGAAGAUAAGAUGACUGUAGAUGAUGUAUAUUUAUCUUUCCUUCCACUUGCUCACAUCCUUGAUCGCAUGGUGGAGGAAUACUUUUUCUAUAAAGGUGCAUCUGUUGGCUUCUGGCAAGGGGAUAUUGAAGCGUUGAAGGAUGAUCUUAUGGAGUUGAAGCCGACGUACUUCACUGGUGUUCCUAGGGUGUUUGAAAGAGUUUAUGAAAGUGCAACUAAGGCAAUAGAAGAAGUUGGUCCACUCAGGAAGAAGAUCUUUAAUUUUCUCUAUAAACACAAACUUGGAUGGAUGAAAUCAGGGUAUAAACAUAGUGAAGCAUCACCCUUCGCAGACUUGAUUGCAUUCAGAAAGGUCAAGGCAAGGUUAGGAGGCCGUGUUCGCUUAAUAACAUCAGGAAGUGCUCCUUUGAGUACAGAAGUGGAGGAGUUCUUAAGAGUUGCGAGUUGUGCUUUUGUUCUCCAAGGCUAUGGAUUGACUGAAACAUGUGGAUUAUCGGCGCAUUGUUUCCCUGACGAGAUGAGCAUGAUGGGGACUGUGGGAGUUCCCUCUGUGUAUACUGAGCUACGUCUUGAGGAAGUUCCAGAGAUGGGGUAUUAUCCUCUUGGCGAAACUGCACGUGGAGAGGUUUGUGUUAGAGGGAAGACACUCUUUUCGGGAUACCACAAAAAUCCUGAUCUUACAAGAGAAGCCAUCAGAGAUGGUUGGUUCCAUACAGGAGAUAUAGGGGAGUUGCAGCCAAAUGGUAUUUUGAAGAUUAUUGAUAGGAAGAAAAAUAUAUUCAAACUUUCUCAAGGGGAGUAUAUUGCAGUUGAAUAUCUGGAGAAAACCUACUGCUCUGCACCUAUUAUUGAAGAUAUUUGGGUAUAUGGAAAUAGCUUCGAGUCAAUGUUGGUUGCAGUAGUUGUACCACAUAAAGAAAGUGCUGAAAAAUGGGCAUCUCUCAAUGGACAAAAGGGGUCCUUAACUGAGCUGUGCACACUUCAGCAACUGCAAAAUCAUAUUCUCCUUGAGCUUAGAUCACUUGCUGAGAAGAACAAGCUGAGAAAAUUUGAGUUUAUCAAAGCGGUCUUCUUGGAUCCUCAGCCAUUUGAUAUUGAAAGGGACCUGGUGACACCUACACUGAAGAAGAAAAGGGGCCAACUUCUGAAACACUACAAGUCUCUGCUGGUGAUAAAUCUUUUGAGAAAAAUAAAAACAAGUUGCCAAAAGAAGGGUGCUUGAAGACAUUUUUCAGUACCUUGGUCCUUGACGCGGAAUAAAGAGGAAGCAUGUCAAUAAAGCCUUAAUAUAUACUGAAAUUCUCGACAGUCUCAAAAUUGCCCCAGAAUGGGUCAAAAUCUUUCUAAGUUCUUCAAAGAGCCACCUGCUAGGUUUCGUCGCAAUCCGACAUAUCUAAGGUAGCGCAGACAAAGAAACAAUUUCGGAAAAAUCAGCCACUAGCACCCGGAAAAAGACCUCGUAACCAGAGCUAUAUUCUUGAUGUGUCAAACAGCUGUGGGACCACCGCCAUUGGAUCCGGCACGGUCGAAAACCUCUAUGGG